AUGUCCCGUCGAGAAUGCUCCGCGCUGACCGGGCGGCCGGAGGCUCACAGAUUGCCUUCAAUGGACACUGACACCAUUAUAAUCGGAAAUGGGCCGUCGGCCAUGAUCCUGUCCUUUAUCCUGCACGGUCACGUCCCGUAUUAUUCCCCCAAUCCUCCACAUCCUGAUCCUCUUCUCCACGCCAAGCUCAAAGAUCACCCGGCGUUGCUGGAUGCUGAUGUCGAUGCUCUGACGGAGCAUUUUGCCGCUUCCCGCUGA